GAGCGGAUGGCGGAGCCCACGCGCGCCGCGAAGCCGCGCUGCAGGCAGGGCGUCGUGCCAGGCGCGGGCGCCGCCGUGAAGCCCAAAAAGAAAGCUUUUUAUUUGCUGAGCAUGAAGCCCCCGAAGGACCCCGCCCCCAACAACAAUAACAACGUGUCGUUUGUGAUCCACUGUCAACUGGGCAAGGAGAUCAAGCACAUUUGCAGCAACUGCAGCCGGGGGGAGGACGGCCGCGACGCUGAGGAAGUGGAGAGGCUGGCGGCAAUGCGUUCUGACUCGCUGGUCCCGGGUACGCACACCCCACCUAUCCGGAGGAGGAGUAAGUUUGCCAACCUGGGAAGGAUUUUCAAGCCUUGGAAAUGGAGGAAGAAGAAAAGUGAAAAGUUCAAGCACACAUCAGCAGCUCUGGAAAGGAAGAUAUCGAUGAGGCAGAGCAGAGAGGAGCUGAUCAAACGAGGGGUCUUAAAGGAAAUCUAUGAUAAAGAUGGAGAGCUCUCCAUUUCGAAUGAUGACGACUCCCUGGAGAAUGGCCAGUCCCUGAGCUCCAGCCAACUCUCCCUGCCUGCCCUGUCGGAAAUGGAGCCUGUACCAAUGCCCAGGGACCCCUGCUCGUUUGAGGUGCUGCAAGCUUCAGAUAUCAUGGAUGGACCAGUGUCUCAAGAGAGUCCCUCUGCCAGUGAGUCUGGAGUCCUCCUGUCCCAAGAUCCUUCAGCCAAACCAGUUCUGUUCCUGCCCCCCAAAAAACCUGCUGCUUUCUCUGGAGACCAUGAGGAGACCCCAGUGAAGCAGUUGUCCCUUCUCAAGCAGCCCCCGGCCCUGCCUCCCAAACCCACUGCCCGGAUUGCCAACCACUUAACAGAUCCUGGCGCCCCUGUGAAAUUGCCUUGUCUGCCAGUGAAACUGUCGCCUCCGCUACCUCCAAAGAAAGUCCUGAUCUGUAUGCCCGUAGGGGGGCCGGAGCUCUCCCUGGCAUCCUACGCAGCCCAGAAGAGCAGCCAGCAGGCCGUGGCCCAGCACCACCACACCGUCCUGCCAUCCCAGAUGCAGCACCAGCUGCAGUAUGGCAGCCAUGGCCAGCACCUCCCGUCCUCCACCGGCACCUUGCCCAUGCACCCCUCGGGCUGCAGGAUGAUCGACGAGCUGAACAAGACACUGGCUAUGACCAUGCAGAGGCUGGAAAGCUCCGAGCAGCGCGUCCCCUGUUCCACUUCUUACCACAGCUCUGGUUUGCACUCAAGUGACAGUGUCACAAAAGGAGGACCCCUGGGACUUCCGGAAAUAAGACAAGUGCCCACUGUUGUGAUUGAAUGUGAUGACAAUAAGGAAAACGUGCCUCAUGAGUCCGACUAUGAAGACUCAUCCUGCCUGUAUGCCCGGGAAGAGGAGGAGGAGGAGGAGGAAGAGGAUGAUGACACCUCACUGUACACCAGCUCUCUGGCCAUGAAGGUCUGCAGGAAGGACUCCUUAGCCAUCAAACUCAGCAACAGGCCCUCUAAGCGAGAGCUGGAAGAAAAGAACAUCCUCCCCAGACAGACUGAUGAGGAGCGGUUGGAGCUCAGACAGCAGAUUGGCACCAAGCUCACCAGGCGGCUGAGCCAGAGACCCACCGCAGAGGAACUGGAGCAGAGGAACAUUCUGAAGCCUCGGAAUGAACAGGAGGAGCAGGAGGAGAAGCGUGAAAUCAAGAGGAGGCUGACUCGAAAGCUCAGUCAAAGGCCCACGGUGGAAGAACUUCGAGAAAGGAAGAUCCUCAUCCGCUUCAGUGACUACGUGGAGGUGGCAGAUGCCCAGGACUAUGACCGUAGAGCGGACAAGCCAUGGACCCGACUCACAGCUGCUGACAAAGCCGCCAUUCGAAAGGAACUUAAUGAGUUCAAGAGCACUGAAAUGGAAGUCCACGAGUUGAGUAGACACUUGACAAGGUUUCAUCGACCAUAACAGUGGGAUUACUCUUGAGUGCUCUGCUGUCUUCAAAACAUAAAUUUAUAAGAACCAUAA